GAAAUACUUCCUUUUUGCCCCUGUAAAGAUGUGAGUCGACCACCAGGGGGCAGAGCAAACGACAGAUUUUUUCCGAAUGUAAAUCUACUUACUGAUCAGUCUGAAUUAACCUUAUCGCUUCAGGAGAAGUGUCGUCUAUAGUUGUCUGUACUCGAGGCACAGAAUUCACGGGUCACGCCAAGCAAAAACAACUUGAGCUGAGUAGACCACGUCCUGGUUCCCGGGUUUCCCGUUGCUCCUACACUGACAGGAUGGGUCAGGGCAGAGGCAGAUCAGAGGCUGAGGAACCCUAUGAGCCAUGAGCAGGGUGGCGGGACCCUGCCUCAGCGUGCACAGCUGAGCCUAUCUCGGCCUCGCAGACGUGAAGCAGGCCUGCCGGGAGGGGCAGACGUGCAAAGCAGGAUCCUGGCACGAGAUGACUUCACAGUGGCCGAGGAGCUGCUGCACAUGCGUGUGAUUCACAGCCUGAUGAUAGCCAUGGGCAACACCGACCACAGCAACAGCCAGAGACUGGCCAGCCUCACACUAGAGUUCUUUGUGCAAAUGUUCCCAUUGGUGGAGGAACAUGUCCACAAGUCCAUGGGGGAGGAACUCUACCAGCUCUUCCUUAGCAAUGCGGAGAUCUUGUAUGCAAAAAUAGAUAGCAUUCAGGCAGACAUCUUGGCAGCCAAUAAAGUCAAUGUUACCAAAGCGUUACACAUCUGUGAAGGCGCCACCAACAGCUGCUUCAGCUUUUUCAUGGGCCCUGGAGAUUUGAAUCAGGUGGAAUCAGGUGUCACCCACUUUGAGAAGCUUCGUUCGGAAUCCAAGGAGUGACAGAGCCCCUGUGGCAAACAGGAAGGCCAAGACUGUGCCUCAUGGAAGCCUGACUGCCAGGAGGAAGGCAUUGAAGACAGUUAGUGCCUCUUGGUUCUGGGUGGGAACCUGGGACUUAGAAAGCACAGUGGGGAAGAGGGGAAGCUGUUGCUGGGAAGGAUCUAAUAAAGAGUUGUGAUGCCUGGA